AACAACGCAUUUACGCUAACUUUGCACUUGGGAUGUGGUCGUUGGACAUACUAGUAACACUUGCGGUCGCAGACGCAUUACAUGCAAUACACUACUAGUAUGCGAACGCUGGACUCCCUUAUCAAUGAACCAUGAGCACUGCACAGCUAAUCCCAAUAUUGCAACCUGAUUGUCUCAUUUCAAGGGGGCGACUGCCCGUUCGUCGCCGACCGGGAUGAAACCCAGGUCGGACCGCUCGUUAGCCUCUUUUCAAGCAGCGUAUCGUACCAAAAGUUUGGUAUAGUCUAGUGUAAAGACAGGAGUGGAAAAUGCUUGGAAUGAACCACGGAUGGCUAUCUAUUUCACUAAGACAACGCAAACGUUCAAAUCGUGAUGAUGAACCACCCACGACCACAGACGCCGUCGAGGGCGUUAUUCGAAGCUCUCACUUUGCACAACACUGGCAACAUCGAAUUGAAGCGUUCGUCAUCUCCACCAGCACAAGGUCAAUUGAGAGAGUUGCAAUCUUCACCAGUACAAGGUAGUUAGCAUGUCUCGCAAACGAGGUGGCGGAGAAAUCAUUGAUGUAGAGAGCGCCGCUACGAAGCAGGAGAAGGUGUUCCGUUCCAUCAAACCUGAUCUGGCCGUUGUAGUAGGUGGCAAGGAAUUCCAAGAGUACAGCCAGCAUCUCUGCUACAGUUGUGAGUACUUUGACAAUGCUCUUCGAAGCGGGAUGAAAGAGUCCUGGACCAAAAGGUUUGAAUUUUCAGACAAAGACCCAAAAGAGUGGGAAUUGGUGAGGUCCAUGCUUGUUCCUAUGGGAGUAAGGCCACGAGCCGAAGAUGUAAGCAUUGUGCUUCCGUGGUUUGACAAACUGUGCUGCUACGAGGGAGUGAAGGAGUGCGACAAGACGCUGGAGGCCCAUUUGAGAGCAGUAUUCCAGGGAAAAUUCAACGGGUCCGCUUCCUACCGGAACGGAGUACCUCGACCUACUGGUAACAUACGGCCUCUAACCGAAGGCCUUGACUUGUCCCUCCGUUUCCCUGGCAUGGGGCAAUCGAAGCAAUGCUGCUUUGAACUUAUAAGUUGCAUUUUGACAACAAACAGACACUUGUUGAAGGACAUGACGGACCGAGCAACUAUUGCGUCAUUGAUGACCACCAACGAAGAGUUCCGCAAGACUUGCUGGGCUGUCAUGAAUGGCAAUCUUCCUGCAGCAAUUGCUGCACAGCACCCCUCGGCAGAUGAGAGCCUCCUGGAAAAUGGUGUUUGGGCAGGUCUGAUUCUCUCAGCAAUGGUCGAGGCGCCAAAUGGAUACCGCUACUAGCCAUCCCUCCGAAUAUUCGAAGUUGAUCUAUGUACGGUAGCUGUGUGAACGUGUGAUCACCUGUCGAGUUUGAUGACCGGAUGCGGCAGAUAGAUGGUGGAAGGAAUCAGUUCCGGCAGUAUAGUAGGUUUACGAUAUAAUGGCCCUUUCAACUUUCUAAGCUGGCUACGGCUGUACGAACCCACCAAUCGAGUGCCCUUUCAAAGCUACCUACCAACGAGUACUCCGAGUACUCGUACAGCUCACCAAACAAGCCUCCAGAUAAAUGAAACUAAACAUUUGCUAUGUUCUCUUCCUCUG